AUGGAGACAGGUCACCCACACUGGAAACACCCGGGCAGCCGGCAGCUGCGGGGUCUGAGGAGAGGGCGGUUUGGGCCUGACAGGCACCUCUGCUCCCUUCUCAUCCUCCCUUCGAAGCUGUUCAGGGUCGCCAGCCCCUCUGUCAACUUCGAAACUCUGCGGAAAUCCCCACAGGAGCGCACGGCCACCACGCGUACUGCCCACAUUCGGCGGCCUCCACGGUGGCCUGGAACGCUCAGCCCACCUUACGGGGUGCUGGCUCUCUCUCCUCGGUCGCUCUCUGUGCCCGGCUUCCCGCGCCCUCUCCAAAGGCCCCUGCAGGACUCCCCACUUGUUAAGUCUUCUCCAAACGGCAGCUCCCGAGAAGCAGCCGCCCGAAGCUCCCCAGAGGCCCUGCAGGACCAAAUCGCCCUCCAUGAGGCAAUUUUGUUUUGUAGCCGUUAUCCUCUCCCAUCGCCCUUCCCCCAUCCCUCUGGAAGCUUCUUCGGCUGCAGACCUCUUCAUCAUGUGGCUGUUUCUUUCCGGAACCUGGUGCUCCCUCCGGGGACUCCUUGGUGCGAGACGAUCUUCCGCCUCCUGUGGCCUGGGGCGCACAGAAGGGAGGACAAGGCGCAGGGGACGGUCCCGAGACCGCAGACGGCCGCUGCACCCCCGGCCCCCGCCCCCGGGAAGUGGGCUUCGCGGGGCUCCGGAUUGCCGAGCGAGUGUGCGGUGCGCGCGCCGGAGGCGGCGUCCGGCCGGCGAGGGAGGAGGCGGGGAGCGCCCGCCCGGGGCCGCGCGGCCAGUCCCCACCUCCGCUCGGCCUCAGCUGCGGCUGCUCCCGUUAGAUGGCGCUCGAGGCUUUCCGACCGCUCGCGAAGGUGCGCCCGGCCGGGCACACAAAGCCCCGCGGGCCGGGGGCGGACGCAGCCAGCCAGCGAGGGCGCGCGAGGCCGGGCCCCCGCGGCCGCACGCAGGGCCCCGGGCGCGGGCGGGGCGCUCCCGCGGGGACCUCGGGGCGCCGGCCUCAGCGUCCACCCCUUCAACCCUCCGCCCACUCGGGCUCGGCCCCGGGGCCCGACUGCAUUUCCGGGAGAGAAGCCGCGAGGCCGGCGCGGGCCUCGGGGCGCGGGGCGCGCGAGUGGGAGCUGGGGUCCAGACACUAGCCCCCAGAUCGCCCAGGCCCGCUGCUCCCGGACAGGCCGGCCGGCUCUCCGUGAGUCCGGCCUCUGCUUCGCGGGGCAGCAGGCAGGUGCGGGGCUGGUGGUUAUUGGAACCGUCCGCUGAAAUUGUGGUUCGAGAAGAGGUUUAAUAAACUUCGUGCGUGCGCAUCUCCAACAGCUCCGGGCAAACUUUCUUACUGCCCCCGGUGCCGGUGGAUCCCGGGGAGGGAGCUCCAACAGCCUCCUUAAAAAAAAAAGAAGCAAGCCCCGGGGACUGGCGCGUUAGAUGUUUCGGCCAAUGUCUAAGUAACUGUAGGGGGGAUCGGGGAGCGAGCUUUCUUUCCGCCAAGUUCAGCUCUCCUUCCACCCCCUCCAAGAAAAGUGACUCGAUCGCGCUCUCCCAUCGCUUAGGCCCCUCCUCGUGUCUCCUGAGCGAGCCCCGCCGUGGAGAGGGGUGCAUUUCUCGGAGUCGGAACGCGCAGCGCCGAGACCGCCUUUGUGCCUGCCCUUGGCUGUGAACUUUCCCGCGCGGCGGGUUCUCCUUUAAGAAAAUAGCGAUCUCCAUGAAUAUUUAAUGCAGCGCGAGGGCCGUCCAGGCGGAGGGGAGCCCCGCGCCCGGGUCCCCACGGCCGCGACGGGGACCGGGGGCCAGGGGCGCGAGCCCAGCCGGGUAGCGAGGCCCGGCGCGUUCAUUUCCAUAAGAAAGCCGGCGGCGCGGUCGGAGAGAGGAUCUGGCCCCCGGCCGCCCUCCCCUGGGGACCCGGUUUUCUGCUAGAAGCGGGCUCGGGAGCUCAGAGUCCCAAGUGUGCGCUCUGGUCUUUGAUGCUAUCGACAAAGUGUGGUUUCAGAUGUUGCCCCGGCUGAAGCCGGUUUCCUGUCUGUGUGUGGAGUGGAUGGAAGGACCGCGACGGUCUGCAGUGUUCCAGUCAACUAAAUGGACUUGCCUUCAGCCAGGAGGGAGCCAGUUCUGCAGGACAGAACUAAUAUUGGAUCUCCCAGGAAGCUCUUCAUCAAAACAGCCCUUGUCCUUUUGUUUUUGUUUCUGAAUUAAAAAGAUGCGUUUGCCUUCC